GCGAUCGGCGCCGGACGCCCCCCCCGGGUCGCGAUGGCUCAGCGGGCCGGGCCGGAAGACCCCGAGCGCUACCUCUUCGUGGACCGGGCCGUGGUCUCCAACCCGGCCGCGCAGGCCGACUGGACGGCCAAGAAGCUGGUGUGGAUCCCGUCGGAGCGGCACGGCUUCGAGGCGGCCUGCGUCAGGGAGGAGCGCGGCGACGAGGUGGCCGUGGAGCUGGCCGAGAACGGCAAGAGGGCCCUGGUCAACAAGGACGACGUCCAGAAGAUGAACCCGCCCAAGUUCUCCAAGGUGGAGGACAUGGCCGAGCUCACCUGCCUCAACGAGGCGUCCGUCCUGCACAACCUGAAGGACCGCUACUACUCGGGCCUCAUCUACACGUACUCGGGCCUGUUCUGCGUCGUCAUCAACCCCUACAAGAACCUGCCCAUCUACUCGGAGAACAUCAUCGAGAUGUACCGAGGGAGGAAGCGGCACGAGAUGCCCCCGCACAUCUACGCCAUCUCGGAGUCGGCCUACCGCAGCAUGCUGCAAGAUCGUGAAGACCAGUCUAUCCUCUGCACGGGCGAGUCGGGCGCCGGGAAGACCGAAAACACCAAGAAGGUGAUCCAGUACCUGGCUCACGUCGCCUCCUCCCACAAAGGAAGAAAGGACCACAACAUUCCCCCUGAAUUGCCUAAACCGGUGAAGCAUCAGGGCGAACUGGAACGGCAGCUGUUACAGGCCAACCCCAUCCUGGAAUCCUUCGGCAACGCCAAGACGGUGAAGAACGACAACUCCUCUCGAUUCGGCAAGUUCAUCCGGAUCAACUUCGACGUCACCGGCUACAUCGUCGGCGCCAACAUCGAGACCUACCUGCUGGAGAAAUCCCGUGCCGUCCGCCAAGCCAAAGACGAACGCACCUUCCACAUAUUUUACCAGCUGCUCUCCGGAGCCGCCGAGCACCUCAAGUCGGACCUGCUUCUCGAGGGUUUCAACAACUACAGGUUCCUGUCCAACGGCUACAUUCCCAUCCCCGGGCAGCGGGAUAAGGAUAAUUUCCAGGAGACCAUGGAAGCCAUGCACAUAAUGGGAUUCUCGCACGAGGAGAUCCUGGCCAUGCUCAGAGUCGUCUCGUCCGUGCUCCAGUUCGGGAACAUCUCCUUCAAGAAGGAGCGGAACACGGAUCAGACGUCCAUGCCGGAAAACACAGUGGCACAGAAGCUCUGUCACCUCUUGGGCAUGAACGUGAUGGAGUUCACCCGCGCCAUCCUGACCCCGCGCAUUAAAGUCGGCCGAGAUUACGUCCAGAAGGCCCAAACCAAGGAACAGGCCGACUUCGCCGUGGAAGCCCUGGCCAAGGCCACGUACGAGCGUCUGUUCCGCUGGCUGGUUCACCGCAUCAACAAGGCCCUGGACCGGACCAAGCGGCAAGGGGCCUCCUUCAUUGGCAUCCUGGACAUCGCCGGCUUCGAGAUCUUCGAGCUGAAUUCCUUCGAGCAGCUGUGCAUCAACUACACCAACGAGAAGCUGCAGCAGCUUUUCAACCACACCAUGUUCAUCCUGGAGCAAGAGGAAUAUCAGCGCGAGGGCAUCGAGUGGAACUUCAUCGACUUCGGGCUGGACCUGCAGCCCUGCAUCGAUCUGAUCGAGAGACCGGCCAACCCCCCCGGCGUCCUGGCCCUCCUCGACGAAGAAUGCUGGUUCCCCAAAGCCACCGACAAAACCUUCGUGGAGAAACUGGUCCAGGAGCAAGGCACCCACUCCAAGUUCCAGAAACCCCGGCAGCUGAAAGACAGAGCCGAUUUCUGCAUCAUCCAUUACGCCGGGAAGGUGGACUACAAGGCGGACGAGUGGCUGAUGAAGAACAUGGACCCGCUGAACGACAACGUGGCCACCCUCCUCCAUCAGUCGUCGGACAAGUUCGUGGCCGAGCUGUGGAAGGACGAGAUUCAGAAUAUUCAGAGAACUUCUUUCUAUGACACUAUUUCUGGUCUCCACGAUCCUCCAGUGGACCGCAUCGUCGGCCUGGACCAGGUGACCGGCAUGACGGAGACGGCCUUCGGCUCGGCCUACAAGACGAAGAAGGGCAUGUUUCGGACGGUCGGGCAGCUGUACAAGGAGUCCCUGACCAAGCUGAUGGCCACGCUCCGGAACACCAACCCCAACUUCGUCCGCUGCAUCAUCCCCAACCACGAGAAGAGGGCCGGGAAGCUCGACCCUCACCUGGUCCUGGAUCAGCUGCGCUGCAACGGGGUCCUGGAAGGAAUCCGUAUCUGCCGGCAAGGAUUUCCCAACCGGAUCGUGUUCCAGGAGUUCAGGCAGAGAUACGAGAUCCUGACUCCCAAUGCGAUUCCGAAAGGCUUCAUGGACGGCAAGCAGGCCUGUGAGCGCAUGAUCCGGGCCCUGGAGCUCGACCCCAACCUCUACAGGAUCGGACAGAGUAAGAUCUUCUUCCGAGCCGGAGUCCUGGCCCACCUCGAGGAGGAGCGGGAUCUCAAGAUCACGGACAUCAUCAUCUUCUUCCAGGCCGUGUGCCGGGGAUACCUGGCCCGGAAGGCCUUUGCCAAGAAGCAGCAGCAGCUGAGCGCCCUGAAGGUGUUGCAGAGGAACUGCGCGGCCUACCUCAAGCUCCGUCACUGGCAGUGGUGGCGGGUGUUCACCAAGGUGAAGCCUCUGCUCCAGGUGACUCGUCAGGAGGAGGAGCUGCAGGCCAAAGACGAGGAGCUGUUGAAGGUGAAGGAGAAACAGACCAAGGUGGAAGGGGAACUCGAAGAGAUGGAGAGGAAACACCAGCAGCUCCUGGAAGAGAAGAACAUCCUGGCCGAACAGCUGCAAGCGGAGACGGAGCUCUUCGCCGAAGCCGAGGAGAUGCGAGCCCGCCUGGCCGCCAAGAAACAGGAACUGGAAGAGAUCCUGCACGACCUGGAGUCCAGGGUGGAGGAGGAGGAGGAGAGGAACCAGGUCCUCCAGAACGACAAGAGGAAGAUGCAGGGACACAUCCAGGACCUGGAAGAACAGCUGGAUGAGGAAGAGGGCGUGAGGCAGAAGCUGCAGCUGGAGAAGGUGACGGCCGAGGCCAAGAUCAAGAAGAUGGAGGAGGAAAUCCUCCUGUUGGAGGACCAGAAUUCCAAAUUCGUCAAAGAAAAGAAACUCAUGGAAGAUCGCAUUUCUGAGUGUUCCUCCCAGCUGGCCGAAGAGGAGGAGAAAUCCAAGAAUCUGGCCAAACUCCGCAAUAAGCAGGAGGUGAUGAUCACGGACCUGGAAGAGCGCCUGAAGAAGGAGGAGAAGACCCGCCAGGAGCUGGAGAAGGCCAAGAGGAAGCUCGACGGCGAGACCACGGACCUUCAGGACCAGAUGGCCGAGCUGCAGGCCCAGCUGGAGGAGCUCAAGGUCCAGCUGGCCAAGAAGGAGGAGGAGCUGCAGGCGUCGCUGGCCAGGGGGGACGACGAGUUCCUGCACAAAAACAACGCCCUGAAGGCCGUGCGCGAGCUGCAGGCCCAGAUGGCCGAGCUGCAGGAGGACCUGGAGGCCGAGAAGGCCGCGCGCAACAAGGCCGACAAGCAGAAGCGCGACCUGAGCGAGGAGCUGGAGGCGCUCAAGACGGAGCUGGAGGACACGCUGGACACCACCGCCGCCCAGCAGGAGCUCAGGAGCAAGCGGGAGCAGGAGGUGGCGGAGCUGAAGAAGGCCAUGGAGGAGGAGACGAAGAACCACGAGGCCCAGAUCCAGGACAUCCGGCAGAGGCACGCCAGCGUGCUGGAGGAGCUCUCGGAGCAGCUCGAGCAGGCCAAGCGGUUCAAGAUCAACCUGGAGAAGAACAAGCAGGGCCUGGAGACGGACAACAAGGAGCUGGCCUGCGAGGUCAAGGUCCUGCAGCAGGUCAGAGCCGAGUCGGAGCACAAGAGGAAGAAACUGGACGCUCAGGUCCAGGAGCUGCACGCCAAGGUCAUGGACGGGGACAGGGCCCGCACCCAGUUGGCCGAGAAAGCCGACAAGCUGCAGAACGAGCUGGACAACGUCUCGAGCCUCCUGGAAGAAGCGGAGAAGAAGGGAAUCAAAUUCGCCAAGGACGCGGCGGGCCUCGAGUCCCAGCUUCAGGACACCCAGGGCCUCCUGCAAGAGGAAACCAGGCAGAAGCUGCACCUGAGCAGCAGGAUGCGGCAGCUGGAGGAAGAGAAGAGCCACCUCCAGGAGCAGCAGGAGGAGGAGGAAGAGGCCCGGAAGAACCUGGAAAAGCAAGUGUUGCUCCUGCAGGCCCAGCUCGGCGACGCCAGGAAGAAGGUGGACGAGGACGUGGGGACCAUCGAGGGGCUGGAGGAGACGAGGAAGAAGCUGCUGAAGGACGGGGAGGCCCUGAGCCAGCGCCUGGAGGAGAAGGCCGCGGCCUACGACAAGCUGGACAAGACCAAGACCCGCCUGCAGCAGGAGCUGGACGACCUGCUGGUCGACCUGGACCACCAGCGCCAGAUCGUCUCCAACCUGGAGAAGAAGCAGAAGAAGUUCGACCAGCUCCUGGCCGAGGAGAAGAACACGUCGGCUCGCUACGCGGAGGAGUGCGACCGGGCCGAGGCGGAGGCCAGGGAGAAGGAGACCAAGGCCCUGUCCCUGGCCCGGGCCCUGGAAGAGGCCCUGGAGGCCCGCGAGGAGGCCGAGAGACAGAACAAGCAGCUGCGCACGGAUAUGGAGGACCUGAUGAACUCCAAAGACGACGUGGGCAAGAACGUCCACGAGCUGGAGAAGUCCAAGAGGGCGCUGGAGCAGCAGGCGGAGGAGAUGCGGACGCAGCUGGAGGAGCUGGAAGACGAGCUGCAGGCCACGGAGGACGCCAAGCUGCGCCUGGAAGUCAACAUGCAGGCCACGCGCGCCCAGUUCGAGCGGGACCUGCAGGCCAGGGACGAGCAGAACGAGGAGAAGAAGCGGCUCUUGGUGAAGCAGGUGCGGGAGCUGGAGGCGGAGCUGGAGGACGAGCGGAAGCAGAGGGCGCUGGCCGUGGCCUCCAAGAAGAAAACGGAGAUGGACCUGAAGGAUCUGGAGGCCCAGAUCGAGGCGGCCAACAAGGCGCGGGAAGAGGCCGUCAAGCAACUGCGCAAGCUGCAGGCCCAGAUGAAGGACUGCCAGCGCGAGCUGGAAGAGGCCCGGGCCUCUCGAGACGAGAUCUUCGCCCAGUCCAAGGAGAACGAGAAGAAGCUGAAGACGCUGGAGGCGGAGAUUCUCCAGCUCCAAGAGGAACUGGCGUCGUCGGAGCGGGCGCGCCGCCACGCCGAGCAGGAGAGAGACGAGCUGGCCGACGAGAUCGCCAACGGCGCUUCCGGCAAGUCCGCGCUGCUGGACGAGAAGCGCCGCCUGGAGGCCCGCAUCGUCCAGCUGGAGGAGGAGCUGGAGGAGGAGCAGAGCAACGCCGAGCUGCUCAACGACCGCUUCCGCAAGGCGGCCCUGCAGGUGGACACGCUGAACGCGGAGCUGGCCGGGGAGCGGAGCGCGGCGCACAAGAGCGAGAACGCGCGGCAGCAGCUGGAGCGGCAGAACAAGGAGCUGAAGGCCAAGCUGCAGGAGCUGGAGGGGGCCGUCAAGUCCAAGUUCAAGGCCGCCAUCGCCGCCCUGGAAGCCAAGAUCGGCCAGCUGGAGGAGCAGCUCGAGCAGGAAGCCAAGGAGCGGGCGGCCGCCAACAAGCUGGUGCGCCGGACGGAGAAGAAGCUGAAGGAGGUCUUCAUGCAGGUGGAGGACGAGAGGCGGCACGCGGACCAGUACAAGGAGCAGAUGGAGAAGGCCAACGCCCGCAUGAAGCAGCUGAAGCGGCAGCUGGAGGAGGCGGAGGAGGAGGCCACGCGGGCCAACGCGUCCCGGCGGAAGCUCCAGCGGGAACUGGACGACGCCACCGAGGCCAACGAGGGGCUGAGCCGGGAGGUCGGCACCCUCAAGAACCGCCUGCGGAGGGGCGGCCCCGUCGGCUUCUCCUCCGGCCGGUCCGGCCGGCGCCAGCUGCACCUGGAGGGGGCCUCGCUGGACCUGUCGGACGACGACACGGAGAGCAAGGCCAGCGACGGCCACGACGCCCAGCCCGGCCAGGCCGACUAGGGGCCGCCGGGCGUCCCCCCCGGCCC